UUGAAAACAAACCGAGUCUGUGGAAACACAGACGUGAGGAGAAGUGAACAGAAGUGCCUUUUACACGGAACAUGACUCCAGAUAGCGAGAAACAUUAAACUGCUCGACUUACAGAUUGCGUAAACCAGAACCAUGGAGUUAUCAUCACUUAUUAAGAAACUCGGGCACCCCUUGGUGGAGAUCAGAGUCCGAGCUCUCAGAAACAUCAGGUCAAAGCUGCAACACGGAUUGCUCUCUCCUCCGGACCUCGUCCAAGAGAGGACGCUCUGCAUGAACCUGCUGGAGUGGUUUAACUUCCCUGAGGUGCCCAUGCAGGACGAAGCCUUGGGGCUGAUCAGCGAGCUCUCCCUGCACCCAAGUGGAAGUGUCAUGCUCAAGGAUGUGGGGGCGGUGGAGUUCCUGAACCAGCUCUCCCCCAGCGUGGGACCUCAGUUCAGGCCUGUUAUAGACGGGAUCCUCGACCAGCUGUUCCACCUUGCCACCUGUCCUCCCACUACCACCCAGGACCAGCCUAUGACCUCAUCUGCUCAGCGGGCUGUGUUCCCGGGUGCAGUGGAGGACACAGAAGUCCGUGGAUACUUCCAGCCAUCCGGAGCCAGUCAGGUUAAUGCAGCCUUUCCCAGGGGCUCAGGGAAUAACUCCAUUGGAUGCCUGAAGUUCUCUGUUUUUCCAUGGCUGUCUUUGACUACAACAGACAGGCACAUAUUGUCAUCAAAUGAAAGCUCUUUAAGAAGCGACAGGCCUGAUUUAGUGCACGCUACUUGUGAACUUCUGCGAGACGUGAUCAUGCAGGACUUUCCGUCGGAAAUAUUCCUCCAGCGGCCGAGCAUAGUGCAGAGUCUUCUGCAGCUGGUCGGCGUGAGUGAGACUGCCUCCACGCGGCUCCAUGCGCUGGGCUGCUUGCAGCAGCUCUGUAGGAGCCUGAGGUGCCGUAUGCGUUUCCACCGAGAUCCCAGCUUCUGCUCAGCCAAGCACGACCCUGUCUCUCAGAACUCCUCCAUCUCCUACAGUCAGGAGGUCAGAGGCACACAGAGGUCAGAGGUCUCCACUCCGGUGGAUUGCUCCCCGCGUCCGUCUGUGGUUGGCCGGCGUGGCCAGAGACUCCGGGGGGACGGUCAGGACGGAGACGCUGCCUCCACCAGCAGUGCUUCUCAGAGAGGGGGCACCCCUGAGCAAGGCCCGCGGCCCAGCUUGGAGCUCCCCCUGGAGGUGGAGCACGAGGACGCCCCUGAGCUCCAGCUCCAGCAGUGGAACUUGGCCAGAUUUGGCGUGGAGACUCUGGAACACACGCUGCCUCUGCUCAGGACAGGGGAGGCGGGGCUUUUGCGGCAGGCCCUGGCCGUUCUGGGUGAUGUUGUGGAGCUGCUGGCUGACUGCGUGGCCCCGGAGCUGUGGGACGAGCAGAGCUUCACGGCACACGAGCUGAGACAGCAUCUUCAGACGUGCAUGGGGACCCUGGGAGACGUGCUGUGCCAGCACAGCAGCGCAGUGUCGUCAGACCAACCUGAGUCAUCUGUGAUUCACCACCGUGUGGCAUACACGACCACAGCUGUGCUCACUGUUCACUUCCUGCAAGCGCUCUUACCUUUGGAGAGGGCGGGUGAGAACCUUCCGGAGAGCGUGGUAGCCGCUGUUUCCCGCCUCUGCCUGGAUAUUCCCUUCAGUCUGGCCUUCCCAAACAGUCAUGAGGCAGCGCUGGCCUACGUGGAGCAGGCCAGCUCCGACGGCUACGCCCUGUACCGCAGGGCGAGCCGCGCCGCACACGCCAUGGAGGCAACCUGCUGCUUCCUGAAGGAGAUCCAGGCUGAGGGAGAGAAGAAUUGGCUGGACCUGUUGGAGCUCUCAGCCCAGGCAGUUGAUGGUCUCCCAUACCACCAACACCUGCCCCUCGUCAGAGAAUGUGUUCGGAUGUGCUCAUACCUGUGGAGGUCUGCCCAGGCCAGUGCUCUGCUGCAGAUGGAAAGUCAGAAGGUCCUCCUCAGGCUCCUGUCUCACCCGCUGUGCCCGGUGAAGCAGGAGGCAUACGCCUGCACCCUGGACCUGGUGAAGGAAUGUUUGGGGGUUCAUAAUGUGGCCAGACCGGCCUCCUCCGUCUGCAGUGGUGUACACUUCCUGUUCCACUCGCGCGUCCUCUAUGAAAUCACUGGCUUUGGUCUUCAGGAUCCGGUGAGCGGGGUGAGCUCAUCUGCCAGGGAUGUUGUGCUCUAUCUGCUGAAGGGACGAUUGAUGAUGACACCUUCCAGCUGGGAGAAAUUUACUGAGGCACUUUACCCUGUUAUCCCUGUACUGCAGAGCUACGCAGGUGUGGAGGACACUCUGGGAAGUUGUGUGUUGUUACUGAGCGAGCUGAGACCUGAGCUGGAAGAGAACUCCCGUAAUUACACUGCUCAGCUACGUGCUGUGCUACGACUGCUGUUCACCAAACACCACACGGUGAGAAGCAGAGCAGUUGAACAGUUGCUGCCCCUCCUGACCAGUGCGACGGGUCCUGGACCCUCCAAGCCGACCCUGGAUGGCCCUGCCCUCUCCUCACUAGCGUCUCUCUAUGUUACCAGCAAACCAGUGGACAUCAGACUAGAUGAUUCCAACAGGUCCUAUCUUAAGGUGGAGUCUGUGAUCAGGCUGUACAGAGUGCUGGCCUCGGACACCGUGGACCUGGUUCUGCGGAGAUCGGCCGCCGAUCAGCUGAUCGUUGUUCUGCAGGAUACUGUGAUGCACGCCGCUGUGAAGGCUCAAGGCUUACCUGACAAGCUCAUAUCUCUGAUCACGGAGUGUGUGAAUGGCGUGGCAGUGAACACUGUCUGUCUGUUGGAGCCCAGUGUUGCUAUUCUGAGGAGGCUGGUGUACACAGACACGUCUCUGCGCCACAACCUGGGCCUGGAUCCCACCUGGCUCCGCACACUGCUGAGAGCCUCCGUGCGGAUCCAGGAGACAGCAGGUGACGUGACUGAGGCUGCAGUGUUGAUGUGUCUCCUGCUGUUUGACGAGGUUGCCCGUGUAGAUGUGUGGACGGACAAAGCGGAGCCGGACACAGGCCUCUGCCCCUUCUCCCUCCCGGUCUGCGUUAUCAGGAGGUACAGUCUCCCCAUGCUGGUGUCUUCCCACCACGCCGUGAGCCCCUUCUGCACUGUCCUGCCCCCACACACCGCCUUGCUGGCAGCACCAGCUCCCCGAGAAGCCCUGCAGGUCGCCUGGAACAGAGCCUGGCACGCUGGCACCGCUGCCCUGCUGGAGCAGCUCAGGACCACCAGAGGGGGCACACCUGAGUUUCAUGGUGACCUGGUGCUGUCUGAGUCUCAGGCUGUGGUGCUGUGUGCGAGUGACAUUCACACCACGUUCCAGGACUGUCUGGAGGCCGUGCGUUCUGCCGGCUCCCACAGUCAGGUGACCUCGGCUCUGACCAGAAUGCACCUCUGCCUGCUCACUGACCGUCUGGCCCUCAGAGACUCCACUCAGUGCAGUAAGACGGCACUGCAGAGCCUCCCGUGGCACGCUGCUGUAGAGAGAUUUAUCCGGGUGCGGCCGGCUUGCUUGCAGGACGAGGAGCUGCUGGUAGAUGUUCUGUCAUUCCUCAACACCUUCUUCCAGCAAAACCCAUCUCCCUCUGAUGACGAGGACCUGCGAUGGCUCCUGGAACUGCUCCUUAAGCAGGACACACCUGUCCUUCUGGAUCUGUUGCUGGCUGUGGAGCCCCAGGUGAAGGCUGAGGACCUUCAAGGCUUUGGUCAGCAGCUCCAGAGAGAGCUGACAAACCUCUUUAACACACUGCUGCUCCGACUCACCUAUACCUCAGACAGGUCGUGUGUGCUGCUGCGUGGUGUGUUGGCGUCGGAGCUGUCCGUGCGGUUGCUGCAGUGUCUGCGGUUGUCAGACGCGCCGUGUUUCUACGGCCUUCCCUCUCUGGAACACACCCUGCACAGCAUGACACACACCACCGCCGUGCCCGGCUGGAGCACAAACGUCCCCGGCACUGAGCCGCACACAUUGUGCAGGAAGUACCUGAGUGGGCUGCUGGAAGUGAUUUCCUCCUUCUGUGUGGAAUGGGGAGGGAAUUGCAUGUCCUUCAUGGGAAAAGGAGUGACAAAGAACGCUGUGGUGUGUCUUCUUCACCUCACACACGAGGUGAUGGCUGAAUGCAAAGAUCAGGACUGGCUGCCUCUCUGGUCCCUGGGGCAGGAUCAGGGUUCUGACGGAUCGUCUGCGGCCCAGCUGGGUCUGGCCUGGCUGAUUCCUCUGUGGGUCGACCGAGACCCAGAGGUGCGCUGUGCCAGCCUGGCACUGGGCGCGGCCCUUUCCUCAGUAGCAGGCGGCUGUGUGGCGCUGACGGCCAGCUGCCAGAACAUCUCAGGGGGUGUGUGGGCCACACUGCUCAACAUCCUACUGGACACUCAGGAGUGUAGCAUGGUGCGCAGAGAGGUUGCAUUUGUUUUACAGAAUCUGCUUGUGAUGCCAAUGCCCUGUAAUGCGGUGGAGGCCAGGGAGAGUUUCUGGCAGAGUCCGUGUGUGCAUGACGAAACGUCGGGCUUGUCCCUGGUGGGCCUGCCUGCCUUGCAGGCACUUUUGUGCCACUGCCAUUUUUUUGAGCACGUGGAUCAGAUGGUGAGGAGCUGCUACAGGGGUCAGCACGCCUUCUCGCUCUGCCCCCCUCUGGCAUAUGCCCCGCCUCACAUCGCCCGUCCUGAUGUGAACGAUGCUCUGAAACUGUGGAGAGGUGCAGUUCCUCUAACCUCCACCAGAGGUGUAGUUCCCGCACGUACUGCCGAUUCCAUGUCUACAUCCAGUACUCUGCUCUUUCCAAGCAGCGCCAGUGAGACCCAUUCCCCUGUCCCGUCGUCCUGCCCGGCUGCGCGGGACGUGCUGGUUGGCCGGCUCAAUGCCCAAGGACAGAGUGACAUGGAGAGCUCAGACUCCUCCCUGUCUCAGCAGGGUGUGGAGGGGCCCGCCUGCGUUGCUAUAGUAACUCCACAUCUGUUGUCUGGUGUUUGUGGCGUGCUCGCCAAUCUGGUGGCAGUGUUGCCAGAGUUCAGUCUGUCGGCCCUCACACAACACCACAUCCUGACGGGCAUGGUCAGCUUAGUGGAUGCUCUGGUGUUGGAGGACAGUGUGAGGAAGCUGAAGACACUCCCUCUACUUCCUGCUGAAACAGAGGACGCCAGGAGCCAGGUGCUGGGCUGUGUGUAUUACGUGGGAAGUGUGUGUAAACUUCUACGGUGUGCAGCUCUGCAGACACAGGAGGUCUUCUCCCAGGCAGACCUGCUACAAGCCCUGCUCCCUCGCCUGCUAUCAGUGCUCACAUUGGCCGUCACAGACUUGGACGUGUGCACCCGAGGUGCUGUGCUCUCCACCUGGACUGAUGUGUUGUCUCUGUUGGUGACGUUGCUGCGCAGACACUCCGCUGCUGCGGCUCCGGCUGUCUGCGCCUCUCUGGGGAAACACUGGCACCGCAUCUCAGACUCCGUCCGCGUGGGCAUGCGUGACGGUGACACGGCGCUCUGCAUGACCUCACUGCACUUCCUGUGUGUGCUGUUGUGUGAGGAGGUGAAGGGGAGGCGUAUGUAUGGUGAGGAGCAUGCCCCUCCGCUCACCACAGCUCUGAAUGCUCAGACGGGAGAGGAACUGUGUGACUUACUGCUGGAGAAAUUUGAGAAGACCCAGUUCCAGGAUCCUCUGAAGAAGGUCAUCAGCAGAGCCCUUGUGUCUCUUCUGGCCUGCAGCCACACUGCACAGACCUACGCCAGCAAAGCUGGCUUCCUUGAUGCAUGUGUGGAGAAGAUGAAGACCAUCCAUUCACAGCUUCAACUGGAGUCUCUGAAACCCUGCAAAGCCGCACAUAAGAAAAAGGAAGAGGCCAGCUUGAAGGAACUCAGGAUGGUCCUUGAGCUCCUGAGGAACUGUCUGUACAGACAUCAGAGAUGUAAAGAGGUGGCGACAGAGCUCCGGAUGGCUGCUGUGCUGCUGGCUCUCUGGCCCUGGCUUGUGCUGCACGACCAGGUCAUGACCCCAGCACUGGAGCUGCUGUGCGUCUACACGGCCAACUGCAGCACAGCGUGCAGGGCCGUGUGCGGUACCACCACUCACGCUGCUCUUCCCAGGCCAGUGGUUCUGAGUUCUCUGAUGCAGGGGGUCAUGAAGCUGGCAUCUCAGCGGCCGCCUGACAGCGGCUCUGUGCACAGUCUGGCCUUCUCCCUGCUGGCCAACCUGGCUGUCUCCAGAGACUCCAGAGGCCUGCUUCAGAAGAGCAACUUCCUGCAUCAUUUCCUGACUGUGCGUGUGCCACGGGUGAGCAGGAAGGCAGGCAGCCCUGCGUCCGUGACGGUGUCCCACUGGCUGCACCUGCUCCUCAGUGUGUCCUACAGCGAGGACGGCCAGCACAUGAUUGUGACGCAGCGUGGGUUCGUGGAGCUCCUGGCAGAUCUGGCCCGGGUCACGGCAGCAGAUCCCAGACCCACCGCCCUUCUGAUCCUGCACAACCUCUGCUUCUGUUCCGCCAGCAAACCCAGAGUGCUGGCCUGUGAUAAGGCUGUGGACAUGUUGUUGUCGUGUCUGGACAGUCGGUCAGCAGACGCCCGUGCUAUUGGAUCAUCUGCUCUGUGGGCUUUGCUCCACAACAAUCACAAGGCAACGGCAACACUGAAGUGUCCAUCUGUCCAGCUGAAGGUGACCGAGGCCUAUGCCCUGGCUAAGAGAGUCUCUGAGCAGGUCAGGGCCUCGGGGAGCAGUGUGUGGCUUCAGGACGGCAUGGUGCUGGACUGUCUGUGCCCCUGGACCGGGAAGCUGAGCAUGGUCUCCUGGAUUAAGCAGCCUGACAAAGAGCUUCUGGCGAUCUACCACCCAGAAUACGGCGCUCACUUCGCCAAGAUGUACGACGGCAGGGUGGAGUUCCUCAAAGCCUCUCCCAUGGACGGAAGCAUCUCCAUAAGGAAUGUGACCGACAAGGACGUGGGUCUGUAUAGCUGCUCUCUGCAGGCAUUUCCAGAGGGAUCAUGGACCAAAGACACAUUGGUAGAAAAGCAAGUAAUCUCUGCCACCACGUCCAUCCAUCCCGACAGUGAGCUCACUGUCUCGGAGAAUGACAACUUGACCCUCAGAUGUCUGCAUGUGCGUAACGACCCUGUAAAUGGGGUCACCAUGGAGAGGCUCAAGGUUCGAGAGGGUGGUGAUGUUCGUGGACAGGUUCUAGCUGUGUGCAGCGUUCACCAGGGUAGUGUAGAGCUCCGGGAGUUUGUGAGCAGGGGCAGUGUGACCUGCAGUGACACAGCCAACGUCAGUCUGCACCUACACCCUGUUUCUCAGGAGGACGGAGGGAUGUACCGCUGUCACAUCAGCACCAACAACGACAGUUACGCCAGCACCAUCCUGCUCACCGUCUUUCCCAGCCGAGGGUCCAGCGAUCUUUACCGCCAGACGUAUUUAUUCAUCGGAGGAGCUGCAGUGGUUGUGGUUGUGGUUCUGAUGAGUGUGGCUCUUUUCCUCAGGCAGUUGAACAGGAGGAGGAGGGAGGCGUACAGGAUACAGCUAGAUCCUGCUAAAAGACGGCAGAAACUUUACAAAGGUGAGCAAGCUGUGUAUGACAAGAUGGCACAAAGUGGCAGGAAGCAGAGAAAUCAGAGCCCAAUUUACGCCAACUUCUACGCAGCGAGGGGGCACGGCAGACGGAAACGGUGAUCCUUGCUGCGCUUCCGGAACUGGAGAAACAAACUCUGAAGGCCCAGCAGUCGCUCUGCUCAGAGGUCACAAUGGGAGACAUCUGUGGAUUACAGCAUCACUGCUGGAAGAAGUUCUGUAGACUUGUUUGUGUUCAUCUGAACAAAACUGUUGUUGACUUUAACUUAUGACUGUGUGGACUGUUUCAUCGUGGGUGUCUUUCACGGUACAAGCUUAACAAAAACUCUUUUUGAUGAAUUCUUAGGAAAUAAAAGUCUUUUGUUACCACAA